UAUAUCAUCAACACUAAUUGAACUUUCUUGUAGCUCAGUGAAUAGAAAAAAUGGAUUACAACAGUUGGUUUCCCGUGGCAUAUGAAAGAAAGGCUUAUGGCACAUUAAGAAAUUAUUCACCAGUUUUCUCCGACAAUAUACGAAAGAGCGGCUUUGAUGAAUCAUGCAAUCAACCUGUUGGAUUUUCCACCGACUGGCGUGAUCAUCCUCUCCGCGAUGGUGCUGCUUCAAGGGAAGAAUAUAUGAACCUGGAGACAUUGCCUCGCCGAGCUGUAUCGGACAAUUCUAAAGCUCAUGUCACUGGUUAUUAUAGCAUGCCAAAAGGGGGACAAUAUGACACUUCUACUGUUCAUGACCUGCCUUGUUUUCCUGAUGACCGUUCAUCAAUCCCCCUAGUUGCUAAUAUGGAUGUGGGUAGUAACUUACCUGUUUAUGGUGGUGAAAGCUAUCUGGAUGCUAACACCAGAUAUAUUAAAAACUAUUUUCCUCAUCAUCAACACACAAAUAAUUGUGAUACCGACAUACAACAACCUGCCAAAAGAAAAAAAAUGAUUUGUGGAUUUUCCAAUCCUUUUCCUGGCUGGAAGUCUUGUUUAGAAUCGCAAGAUGCAUGGAAAUAUCUACCACAAAUGCUGGAUUUUCAGAAGAGCUCUAUUCUAAGACAUGAUGUUAAUGAUGUCUUGGCUGGUAAUACCGAACCUCUUCCAGUACUACCUUAUUCCUUGAAUAAUGAUCAAUGGAAUAACCAGUUGGUUCAACCUUAUUCCUCUCAAACACCUUUGGAAGUGUCACAACAGUUACAAUUUCCCCCCUUCUCUUCUAUCAAUUUUGCGAACAAUGGGGAAGAACUUACAAAUCCGAUGUUUCAUUCUACGAGACUCAGAGGGAUAAACAACAAUGAGGCAGGUGAUACACUUGAACAGAUCUUUGAGGAGCCAAGCCUCGAAAGCGAUGAUGUGAUGGAAAUCAGCUCAGAGGAAUUUGCCUUUAGUUUGAAAUCCAGGAUGCGUACUCUCGACAUGGAUCCUUUAGAUACUGGUGGAGAGGUUAUGCAGGGCAUAGCUGAAUUCGACCGUGGCAUUACAUUGAACUCCAACCUUCCUACUCUCACCGAGGAUGUUUUUCUUAUUGAUGGGGAAGAUAUACAAGACACAACUGAGUUCUGGACAAACACCAAAAAGAAAGUUGAUGAGCCAACAACUGAUCAAGAGACACAUACCAAGUGCUCAAAUACUACUAUGCAUGCUCUCAAAAGCAAGGUUCCUAUUACUAUUGAUGUAGAGGACAAACAUGACAUAAUUGGAUUCAACCAAGAGGAGAAAGUUGUUAAAAGGAAAGUCAGUGACCCAAAAGCUGUCGUUGAUGUUGUUUCCUUGAUUGACUUUUUCACACAUGAUCAAAUAACAGAACAUAUUAAUAGUCUGAGAAAGGAACCUCUUCAGAUUUCAACUGAAGAUGGAACUGGAAUUGAUGCAAAUACAUGCCAAUUAUGCGAAAGGGAAAAGCUUUACUUUUCACCGGUGCCAAUUUUUUGUAUAUGCUGUGGCCGCUCCAUCGGGAGAAGAAAAAUAUAUUUCUGUAGAAAAGAUGAGGAAUUUGAUGCAGAGCGUUGCUUUUGCUCCUCCUGUUAUAAUGCAUCUAAAGGCGGGUGCAUUCCAUUCAACGGGACAUUUGUUUCUAAGGCAAAUCUUGAAAAAAAGACAAAUGAUGAAGUACUUGAAGAACCGUGGGUUGAAUGCAAUAAAUGCAAAAGAUGGCAGCAUCAAGUAUGUGCACUCUACAACAACAGAAAAGAUUUGGACUGCGAUGUAGAUUAUAUAUGUGCUGUAUGCCGCUUGAGAGAAAUUGAAGAUGGAGUGCAUGUUCCCUUACAAAAGACUACUGUUUAUGGUGCUAAGGACUUACCAAGUACCAAGCUUAGUGACCACUUGGAGAAAAGACUUUUUAAGCGUCUUAUGGAAGUGAAAGUAGAUGGGGGAAAAGUUAAAGGAAGUGAGAAUCUUGAUAAGGUUUUAGCAGCAGAAAGUAUUUCUAUUAGAGAAGUGUUAUCGGUCGACAAACAAUUGAAAGUGAAGAAGCAGUUUCUUGACAUCAUCCCAGAAAAGAAUUACCCGACUGAAUUUUCUUAUAGAUUAAGAGUUAUACUUCUGUUUCAGAAGAUUGAUGGAGCAGAUAUAUGCAUUUUUGGACUGUACGUCCAGGAGUUUGGCUCUGAAUGUGGCAAUCCGAAUCAGCGUUGUGUGUACAUUUCAUAUCUUGAUUCCGUCAAAUAUUUUAGGCCUGAAAGAGUGAUUGUGGAAGGAGAAGCACUUCGUACCUUCGUUUACCAUGAGAUAUUGAUUGGAUACCUUGAUUUUUGUAAGAAAAGGGGUUUCUCAACUUGCCACAUAUGGGCAUGUCCUCCUUCAAAAAGGAAUGAUUAUAUACUAUAUUGUCAUCCCAAAGAGCAAAAGACUCCAAACAAUGAUAAGCUACGCUCUUGGUAUCUUUCAAUGCUGAAAAAGGCUACUGAAGAAAAAAUUGUUGUUGGUUUAACAAACAUAUAUGAUCAUUUAUUUGUUCCUACUGAAAAAGAGGGCUCCAAAGUGACAGUUUCUCGUUUGCCAUACUUUGAUGGAGACUUUUGGUGUGGUUCUGCUAUGGAAAAAGCGAGGACCAUUGAAAAAGAGAGUAGAGGAGACUAUGAUAAUAUGUUGAAGAAACAAGUGUCUACUAGAGCUUUAAAGACCAUGGGACAUGUCAAUCCUUCGAAAGACGCUGCUAAAGACAUUCUGGUGAUGCAAAAAUUGGGCCAAGAUAUAUUGCCUACCAAGGAAAAUUUCAUUGUAGUUCACUUACAAUAUUCUUGCAUACACUGCUGUGAAGUGAUAAUGUCUGGGAAGCGGUGGUUUUGCACUGAAUGCAAGAAUUUUCAGGAGUGUGGAAGUUGCCAUAGUUCAAAUGAACACACCUUAAAGAACGGAGAAGUGCAUCCACUUUGUCAGGCCGUUGUUGAUGAUAUCCCCUCCAGCACUAAGCAUAAUGAUACCAUCCUUGAGAAUGGAUUAUUUGAAGAUAGGAACAACUUUUUGAGCUUCUGCCAGAAGUAUCAGUUUCAGUUUGACACACUCCGACGAGCCAAGUAUUCCUCAAUGAUGAUCCUCUACCAUCUAUGCAAUCCUAGUCCUAUGACUUCUGGAAAAUGUUGUAGUAUUUGUUGUGCACACAAUGUGUUUCAAAAGUGCUGGAAAUGUGAGGUUUGUCCAGAUUGUACCAUUUGCUCUGCAUGCUAUAAGGAUAGAGGUGCUGACUGCCAUGAACACAAGUUGACUCUAAAUGAACACAAUUCAACUCAAAAUGAACUCAAGUUGGUUGAAAAUAAUUCAACAUCACAAUCUGAUAAUCAAGAGUCUAAUGGGAAAAUGAUGUUAAAGAAAAUGAAACUGGAGAAAUUUUUGAAGAAAGUAUCUCAACUUCGAAAGCAUGUGUCACAAAGGAAAAAGUUGCUGAAACUGGAGAUGAUGUUGAAGCAUGCAUAUCAAUGCCCCGCAACUAGUGCUGAACCUUGCUCUGAUACAUCAUGUCGUCAAUUCAAGAAGUUUUUAAAGCAUGCCAAAAGUUGCACAACUAAUAUUCGUGGCGGAUGCGAGGAUUGUGAAAAUAUAUGGAUUAUACGAUUUUCUCACUCCUUGGAUUGCAAAGACUCAGAAUGUAUAAUACAACAUUGCAGCAUGCUGAAGAAGCGUUUAGAAUAUAGAGGAAUGCGUUCGAAAUCUUGACAUAGAGGUGCAGCUGUUGAUAGCAAGAAAGCAGUCAUUGAUCGAUGACUCUUUUGUGAAUAUAUAGUUCACACAUAAUAACAAGAAAUACUUGCAAUUGCAAGUGAGUUUGCUCCAUAUAUAACAAUUGCUACAUCAAAGUUUAAGCAAUAACUGUUUCUUGUAUUUAAACUGCACUCUUUUUGCCUUCAUCAAAGUUUUAAUCCCAAAAGGGUUUUCUUUGAUAAGGUUUUUAACGAGGCAGUUGGCCAAUUAUUUUGGUCUACAUUGUUGUUACUUUGGGUAUUGGUCUAGUCCCCCCAAAUGUUGUUAUUAUUUUUAGAUAAUAUUAGGUGGGUGUAAGUACAGGGGUGCCAACCUAGUUGGGAUGCCUGUUGAUGUAAGUAUAGGGGUGCCAACCUAGUUGGGAUGUCUGUGCUUUCAUCUAUUGCUUCACUUUAACUUUAUUAUAUUUAGUUAGAUUUGAAAAACCAAAAUUUUAU